AUGGAGAGCCUCAGCACCAGCAGUCCGAGUGCGCAGCAGCAGCUCCGCUCGUUCAUGGCACUUCCAGCGGACGAUGAGAUGGCGCAGCUGAUCCUCGAGGAGCUGUCAUUCUCGAGGCGCUCAUUCACGGGCGUAGCGGCUGAAAUCGCCAACUCGCCGUCGAGCAAGUCGGCUUCGGGGCUCAACUCGAUCUCGGAGGACGAGGAGGAUGAGGAAGAAUAG